GGAAGAGCGAACAGAACAAAGGGGGAAUUUAAAAAAAAAAUAAGGAAAAGAGAUUUCCCUCUUGGGAAAAAGAGAGGGAGAGAAGAGAGGCGGUGGCAGGGAGACAGAGACCUCUCCCAGAGGAAUUCAGGCUCACAAAGGGAGCACACUGCUGACAGAGAGACAUCGGCAGGAAGAGAGGGAGUAACACAGAGUGAACUGGCUGUACACUCUGAACAGCUACUUCUUUGCACACUGAUCACUGCCGUAAACACAGGGACAGUCCAGUGGUACAGAGAUACCAGGAUCUGAAAGGGAUGAAGGAGGCGGACAAAAGGGAAAGACUGAUACAAGACAGGAGAACAGCGUUGUGCAGUGUAAGGCAGAAAUAACUGAAGAGCACAGGAGAUUAAGAGGGUAGGAAAAAAAAAGAUUAAUGCAAAGCUGAGGCAACCUGACAAAACUAUAUCCAUCAUCACAAACACUUCAGAACAACGUCCAUAAACAGAGAAAGACAGAAAGCAGACAGAAGAAGAAGACAAUUGCGAGGACAAAAAAAAUCUUAAAUGUUCCAAAAACCAAAAAGGAAGAAGACAGUUGGAUGACGAAACCUGACGGAUGCAAAAUAAUUCAAUCUUCAUUUCUCCUCUUCUAUACAUGAGAGAAAUAAAUAAGAGACAGAAGAGAAGCUGACAAGAAACAAGACAGACAGAAACGAGAGCAGCAGACACGAAAGGAAGAAGAAGCAAGCAGAGCUAAAGGAAGAAGAAAAGAGGGACUAGCAAACGAGGGACCCAGAUUAACCCUGGAGUAUCUAACUAGCUCUCUGCGCAGCCCAGCAGGGAAGAUGUCCAAGUCCUCCACCCGUCUGGGUCGACCCGGAUCAGCAGGAUCUAAGAGCCCCAGCUUGAUAAAGGAGUUGCAGGGAAAUCGCUCAUGCAUGUUGCGGAUCGGAGAGAGGCUGAUGAGGGCAGGCAGUGAGGGGAACCUGGUCCAGAGACCCAUACUAGCCCAGAACCAGAGCCAGGCUUCCUCAGAUGGGUUAGCGCAAGGAUCGAAUGGCCAGACACAACCUCCAGCCCUGGAGGACAAAUCCACUGAGCUUACAAGAACUAACUCCAGCAAAGAUUCAGGAAACUCCCUUUCCAGAGUCUCUUCUUCUUCUUCUGCUGUGGACAGCAGCACUGAACGUCUGCUGCAGAACAAACAGUACACCAACAGCAGCCUGCUCUGUAACCUGGACCUCUCCUCCUACGGUUCAGAUCCACGGUCUCCUAGCACCUUACCACAAAGCUACGCCACUGCUGCUGGUACCAGCAGCAGGGACAGCCAGCUGGACAGCCUGAUGAUGCAGCACUCCGAAGUGGAGAGGAAGAAGGAGGUGUUCCUAGACCACCUGAGGCAGAAGUAUCCUCCUGCCAUAAUCAUGGGACACCAGGACCGCAUGAGGGAAAAGGCAAAGAGUUCUUGGCCCUCUGAAAGCCCCCCCAGUGCAGGCAUACUGGCCUUGGCGGAACAGCAGGACCCACGGGCUUCAGAGGCCAUGUCUGAUGGAGAGGUGCUGCCCACCACAGUUCCCUUUACAAGGGGCUGUAAAGCCAGAGCAAGUCUACCUGUGGGGCGGUCGACUGGUCAGACAAGAGAGAGGUUGCUUGGUGUGUUGUACCUGCAGUAUGGGGAGGAGACAAAGCAGGUUAGGAUGCUUGCUGAGAUCAGCAGUCAGGACGCUCUGCGGGCUCUGUUUGUCACUGCCUUCCCCCAUCAGCUCACCAUGAAGAUGCUGCAGUCUCCCAACAUGGCCAUCUACAUCAAAGACACCAGCCGCAAUGUCUACUACAACCUGGAGGACAUCAGAAACAUCACAUCCCACUCCUGUCUCAAGGUUUAUCAUAAAGACCCAGCACAUGUGUUCAACCGCCAUGCCAGGUCUGCCAACACAGAGGGAAGGCUUUUUAAGAUGGGAGUUCCAGUAUGGCUUGGAGCUCUGUCUUUUCUGAUCUCCAAAGAGGUGUUGUACGGCAGUCACAGUCCAGUCCACACCCUGUCAUCAUCCAGCCGCGGCCCCCUGCACAGCCUGCAGGGCUCCAUGUCCCCACCCAUGGUCCGGUCCAUGCCUUCCUCUCCCUCCAGGAUGGCAUACGGUGGGGGGAACACAGGAGGGGGGGCAGGGCUGGUGAAUCCAGGCAACGCCACGUUACCACGGGAACGCCUGUCAGGGGCGGGGCGAUCCAGCUCCCUCUGCACCAAUAGCAGUGCCAUACUGGAGAGGAGAGAUGUGAAGCCUGAUGAGGAUGCUGGCAGCAGUAAAAGCAUGGCCCUGGUGGUGCGUGGCGAAGAAGGACCACAUUACCCAGACUCCUACUGCUCCUCCCUGCAGGAUGGAGGAGGUCGCCUCAGCAUCGCCUCCUCCCAAUGCAGCGCUCCUCCCUCUCUCACUGCAGACAUGGUGGAUGCUGGGGUCACAGGGAUCCCAGGGGGGCUGCAGCAGUACCGGGCCUCCAUUAAACCCCUGAUGGGUUAUGGAGAGAGCAUGGAGCACCAGACCCACUCCCUCCACAGGCAGAAGAGCAGGAAGUAUGGAGACAGCCAGCUUCCUCUGCUGGGAACCAAAACCCUUCCCCCUUCCCCUCACAGAGUCAGUGAAGUCAGGAUGAUUGACGGACAGAUCAUUGGAGGGAUGGGCCUGGUGUCUCCAGAGAGGAUUUCGCCGAUUUGCCGGUCCCUGCGGCGGGACAGUAACGGGACCACAGUGGAGAUUGUAAACAGAAGCAGAGGAAGUGGCUCGUCGUCCUCUACCUCAUCUGUUUUUGUGGACAGCCCUCUGGGACAACCUGAGAGAUUGUUUCAGGGUCAUGUGACUGCCAGCAACGCCCAGAGUGAGAGAAUGAAAGCCAUGGAGGAGCAGAUAGCCAGUCUAGCAGGUCUGGUGCAUCAUGCUCUGUCUAUGGGACCAGAUAUUCCAGGAGUCAAGGAGGCUGUCAGCGAGACUGCUGGACACAAACUCCUCAACAGCAGACCUGGAGUGUCAUCUGAGCCUCAGAACCCAGCUGCUUUGAUUGACAGCCUCAGCCCCGCCCCUCUGGCUCUCCAGGCCCCUCCCUCUGACAGGGGGCUGCAGCAGAGCUUGGUGUUAGUAAAGAGAAAUGUGUGUGAGCUGCGACUGCAACUCAACCAGCUCAGACACUUACAGCUGUCAAACCAGGAGAGUGUAAAUUCGACGCUGCGGAUGGCAGGUCAGGAGCUGGUGGUGUUGAUGUGUGAUCGGCUGGCUCAGUCUGAGGAGGCAGCAUACAGACAGAGAGCUGAAAUGGAGGAGGAGAGGAUCCACUACCUGGCUACAGAGGAGACAAUACUCACACAGCUCAGUGAACUGGAAGACUAUGUGGACCAUUUGCAAAGAAGCUCUGGCUCUAGUCCCGGCGAGCUGUCAAUCACUCUGAGAGACGUGGAGGAGGGAGCGGUCAACCUGCGGAGGGUUGGAGAAGUUCUGGCCAUCCUUAAAGGUGAGUUUCCAGAGCUACAGGUCAAGAUGCACUCACUGCUGAGGCUGGAGGUGGAGGCGGUGCGUUUCCUAAAGGAAGAGCCUCAUAAGAUGGACUCCAUGUUAAAGAGGGUCAAAGCCCUGACUGAAGCCCUCAGUUCUCUCCGCAGGUGUGUGUCAGAGUCACCCCCCCCAGCCAGAUCAUCCCAGGCUGAGCCUGUAAAGGUCCUGGAAACAGAGCAGGGACCUCUGAAGACCCAGAGCUCCCCCAAACCCCAGCCUCGAUCCUCAGUCAGACCCCCUCUGCCAACCCCCCCUCUCUGUGGAAGUCAGGCUGAGGUCUGCCUGGAGGGCUCAGCCUCCCCAAUCAUGACCUGCAGAAUGAAGAGCACACCAUCCACAGUGAUACAGCCCUCCCACCACCACCCCAGCCCCCCACUGACACCCACCCAUGGACGAGAGUCGCCCACUGUGGCCAAGGUGAGUCCUCGCAGCAGAGAGGGCAGCCCUGCCCUGCAGAAGAGACCAGGCCCUCUGCAGUCUGAUGGACUCUGCAGCUCAGCAGGUGGAACCAGCCAACCUGCGCCAACACCAACACAGGAGAGCCACACUGACCAGACCACCAUAAAACACACACAGACACAUUCUGAGAAUACAGAGAGACAAACUCCAGAUGGCAGCCUGAGUGUAGAAGCCAGCAGUAUGAACCAGCCCAGCACCAGCUCUGACUCCAGUCAGCCUCCACCCCCCAACACCAACACAGACUUUGACCAGGUCCUGCAGGAAGCCCAGGCCAGCCUGAUGAAGUCCAUCCCUGAUCUGAAUGUGUCAGAUACCAGAGAGGGUCGCUCUGAUUCAGCCUCAGGACAGACCACUUCCACACCUCUGGACCUGACACUGCAAGCCUCGGUGGAACAGCAGGCACUUCUGUCUGAUACCCAGGAAGACACACCUCCCAAGCUAAGUGAUGAGGUGGACUCCACCCAGUUAAAACCCCCAGACACAGCUCCAGCAGCAGCCUUGCAGCUUCCUGCAUCUGCUGUGGAACCUCCACCCUCAGCUUCUCCCAGCACAGAGCGCAGCCGGCCACAGAUGGAGAAACCCCGCCGCUCCAGUAUGGACAAGGAGAUGAAGCAGAGUCCAGACAGGGCCCAUAAGUCUCCUCCUCCUCCUCCUCCUCCUCCACGAAGGUUCCAUUGUGUCAGUUCAGGUCUUACCACAGGAAGGUCAGGAGAGGUGAUUUUCACCACCAGGAAAGAGCCGGUUGGAGCCCAGGAUGAGGGAGAAAAAGAGAAAGAGUCGCCUGUGGUUCCUCAGCCCAAGCCCCCAAGACAGCCAUCAGAAGUCAAACCCAAACCCCAGAUGUGUGAUCCUGUACCUCUGGCUGGUUCCACCUCCACCCCUGCUACAGCCUCAGCACACAGGGAGGACGAGGAGGAAGAGGAGGAGGACAACAAAUUCAUGAAAGAGCUGCAGGUGUUUCAGAAAUGCACUAUGAGGGAUGUAGGGAAGAGAAGUGUGGUUGAACUCUCAGCCUCUGAGCUCCAGAGCACAGAGAUGGAGCCUAAGGUGACUACUGAACUGUCAAAUAAGAAUAAUUUCCCAGGUGGAAAUAAGCAAUGGAAAGGAGAGGUGAGGACAUCUCCAACAGCUAAUCAGAACCCUUCUGAGUUAACAACAUCUGACCACCAGUUAGCUCCUCAGACGGGAAUGACAGAUGGCUGCCCUCAUAAACUCAUAGCAGAAGUUGGACUGGAAGAACCCAGUGAAGUUGGCAAAGACAGUGUCUUCUUAUCAAGUCCUGAUAAGAAGAAUGAAGCAGAGGAGAAGGUGGUUAAACAAGUGCCUUCCUUCAACUGUGUAAAAGUAGAGAAGGUGGAGGUACCACCACCUGUAGCUUUACAAGAUGUUCAGACUGUCCAGAAGAAUGAGGAGGUGCCAACACCAACCCAAAAGAAAGCAGAGAAGAUUGAUUUUCUCACAGUUACAGCUUCACAAAAAGAAAAUGAUCUUACUGUGAACACUAUUGAUCAGAUUAACAAGGAGGUUGUUGGACAGGUGUGUUCCCCAACCACAGCAGAAAAGAAGGUCAAGUUUACAGCAAUUGUUACUUUACAAAAAGAAAACAUUCAAGAAACUGACAUCACAAGUCCUUACGAGACUAAUGAAAAAGUUGUCAAAGAGGUACCAGCUGAGAAGAAGUCAAAUUUGAUGGUAGUUGUAACUUUACAAAAAGAAAACACCCCAGAGGCUUGCUCUAUAGAGUCGUCACCAAAGUUCCAGCAGGAUAAGUCCCUGAGCUCAGAUCAGGAGUGUGUAGCUUCUACUUCAAUCCUAAAAUGUUCCCCCCUUUCACCCAACUUGACUUACAGCCACAGCAGCAACCAGCAGAACCAGAAGGCAACAGUGCAGGUAUCCAGGGACAGAUCACAACACACAGAAGAAGGAGGUAGCCUGAGCCCAAGUAUAUGGGACAAUGAGGGACCUCCUCCUCCACCACCUCCGACUGGUAAAAUCAGCCUUAAAAUCUCCAAGACCAGAGUCAGGACACAGUCCAAAGCAGAAGACCUAGCCAAAAUGAGUGGCACUGACAUACAGACUGUAGCUGAGGACAGCACUGGUGAACCCACUUAUCUGGCACAUGAGAACCAAGGCUUCGAGGACAGUGGUGACUUUGACAAGAAACCUAUUAUCGUUAUCCUGAAUGAGCCUAUGGAUAUUCAGUCAGCCUACAAGCGUCUGUCUACCAUCUUUGAAAAUGAGGAAGAUCUUGAUGGGAUUCUCUCGCCAGAAAAUAUUGUGGAUGAAGAGGAGACAAAGCAGGAAGAAGAGAAACAGGACAUGAGGAAAAUUUGUGUUACUGAAAUAAAUACGGGCUUAGGCUUUAAAGACAUCCCGGGAAAUGGUCGGAAUUCUCUACUUAUGCAGCAUCGAAGACCUUCAGCAGAUAAUGGCUCAGUUGCUGAAAGCCAAGACCAGGGUAAACCAGACUCUCUUAGAAAGACAGAGACCAAAAAGAAAUUCAAAUUCAAGUUCCCCAAAAACAAACUGGCUGCAAUUAGCCAGGCCAUUCGAACAGGGACGACCAAAACCGGAAAGAAGACUCUUGAGGUUGUUGUCUAUGAGGAAGAGGAGGAGAUAGCAUCAGACAGCAGGCCAGUGAAGGAGACCAAGAAGCAGACAAAGGAAUCCAAGAGGUUUGAGAUCAACAGUACCAAACAAUUCAACUUGGGUGAAGGCAAUGCCUGUGACAGAGACAUCAAGGUCUCUUCUCCCAUUGAUACCAGACACUCACAUAGCCGGGUAGAGGAGCUCUGUAAGAGUACAUUUGAUUCUAUAGGCAGUCUAGAGCAGUCCAUUAAACAGUUGGAAAUCAGUGUGGACAGUAUGACUGCCCCUUCUUCCCCUUCCUCCAUGGUGUCUUCAGCUCCUCAGUCCGCUGAUUGUUCCUUUGACUCCAUUGACAGAGCUCAGUUUAAAAGCAAAGUCAAACGGGAAAGGGAGAGAAGCCCAUCCAAGAGGCCAGCCUCUCAGAUCCUCAAGUGCCCAAAUCCACCUCAGAGUAAGAGGGCCAAACCACAGCCUCCACAUGACACAGGGAAAACCUCCACCAAGAAACAGACCUCCAGCAGCAACUCCAGCUCUUCUGCUCAGCAAUCCCACUCCAAGUCUCGCCUCGCGUCCUCCUCUGGCUCACUAGAGAGGACACUUAAGAGCCAGCAGCAGGCCAUCGAGAAGCAGCCCGGCCAGCCACGUCUUGUCGCCAUCCCACGCUAACAUCAGCCCGGUCCACCACGGGCCUCGCAGCAGCAGCAAACGCCAGCACCACCUCGUCCUCACCUCCACCUCCACCUCCACCUCCAGCACCACCUCCCAACACAGUUACUACUCUUCAUCCUCCUACUCUUCAUCCUCAC